AUGCUUGGGUUUAGACCCGUGACGAUUGACUGCGUGUAUAGUCAUACAUUCAAACCUGGUUUAGGUGAUACGUUAACUAAUGCGAUAUCUGGAUUACAGGUGUAUACUUGUAGUCAAAUUGUCAUGACUGGAACGACACUAGUUUGUGCUUCCAAUAGAUCCCAGGACCGGGUACCCGAAUCGCAAUUGCCCGGGUCUCAGGGUCUCAGUGAGGAUGUAUUGGGAUGGAAUCCUUCUGUUAAAGCGGGUCCGGAAAGCGUGGUAUAUGUGCAUGGGUUCAAGCCCAUUAUGUACUUUAGAAUAGAGAAAUUUCUUGUGGAUGCAGCACUUAGUCAAUUAGGUGAAUGUUCCUGCGGCCAAUGUGACCAACUAACGGUCGUGUGUGUCAGAUGCAGUGGAGAUAAUCUGAAUACAUUACCACUGACGUCAGAUCAUAAUUGCUGCAGAGUAUGCAAGUUUACCAACGCACUAAUUGAGGCGGGCAUAAGGCAUCACCCGGAUAUGUCUCGAGAGAUCCAUCAGGUAAAGAUGGCGGAAAAGAGGACCAAAAGAUCACUGGCUUUGAUUUACAAUGUACAACUGGUUGCGAAACGUCCAUUGUAUGGAUAUCAUCUCAACUCCAGUCUUUUCGCUCAGAUUUCAUGCUGCCAGCCCUACGAUCCGCCCCGCAUCGGGUCCAUGAUUAUUCAAGGCUUGUUCGGUGGUAUCCCUCUCCAAUGCUAUGAGCUUCAUAUUAGCGCAGUUGUCCGCUUCAUGAGAAUGUGCGGUAUUGCUGGACCAGAAUGGCUGUAUUUUCAGCGUAGGAAUUGUUUCCUACGAAGCAGCAACAAAGAAUGCGUCAAUAACGUCUUCGAGUUCGACAUUAAUAUGGCGCACUUAAUCAAUGUUACAGCUGGCACACAUACCGCAACCAAAUUGGUAGAUGGACCAUCCGCUGUCGGUACCACAUGCACCGACGGUUGCAAUUUGGUCGACUUAUGCAAAGAAGCUGACCGAAAUUUUGUCUGGGAUGUACGACAGAUCGAAAAUACGGUACAAAAAUGGAGCGCUGAUAUGUCCUUACUCGACUCCCCUUGGGAAUCAUACCGGAAUACCGAGAUUGACGUCAUGGAUACCAUGCCGCGGUAUUGCCAGGAAGAUUUAAGCCGAAUUGUCCAAGCUAUUGAGCGCGCACACACGUGUGUGCGCCCAGACGAAAUUGAGGAAACCGGCGCAAAAUCAAAUGCUGGCCCCGUCGAGACCACAGCUAUUCUGCUGUCCCAAGUACAUUUCGAUAACAGCCAGCCCUUUGCCACGGAAGUGCCCAAGCCAUAUAGUACCAACCCGGAUUGUCUGAAACAAAAGAAUCCGUAUGCUUAUCGGUAUCUAAAGGGGUGUCCUAUCGGACACAUAGAGCGUUGUGCCGCGGGCCGUACCGGCGAUGAGCUUCCGAUGGUGGGUCGGAACUAUGUGUAUUUCAUUCCCCCGCCAGAUAAGGAGUUGUUAAUGAACGAGCUCUUGGUGUUGAAGAAGAAUGGGAUUAUUAAAUGCUCUGAUCCGGAAGAUGCCCUGCUCCUAUCGGCUCCAUUAGCCUCCGCGCCCACUCAGAACUUUGAGCCCCCUGUGUCCACAUCUCCAAAGAGUUCUGUGUACCAGAAGAUCGACAAGGUUACGACCAAGAGUCCGGCUCACAAAAGGUUUGGUCGUUUGUUGUACGUGGAGCCGGUCUUGAACAUUUGCCCACCCGUUGACAGGGGAAGUGACGGUGUGCCGUGCCUAGUUGAUGGGUCCAGUGUCGAUAUGCCGAAUGCUGAAGGAGAGACGGAAGACAUAGCUUUGCGUCAAAUCGCGUGCCUCAAGAGAGACCGCGGUAUUCCGGAGAUUGAUCAGGUAACUUGCAUAGUACUAUCGUGGGAGGAGUAUCUGAUAGGUGGGGAUGCAUCGAAACCAACAGGUACAGUAUUACUAUAUUUGGAUGGCAGCGAAGGCACAACUGGAGGCAAGGAAUGGACGGGAGAGAAUGCCACCGGUGGUUCACAAGGUUGCAAAGAAGACACUGAAGCGGACCACAUCAUUCGGAGCUUUCCUCCGUCUUCUCGUAAUCCGUAUAUGACUCCGGGUACCCCAGAGGCUCAACAGCUAUUGCCCAAUUGUUUAUGCAACGUUCAAAUUCUAUCGAAUGAAAUUGACCUUAUAUCCACAGCUUUCAAGUUUAUACGGCUCAUCGAUCCCACUAUCAUUGUGGGCUGGGACAACAAGUUUUACGGUAUAGGCUACCUUUGGGCUAGAUAUAAAUUCCUAACGGGAGACCCUGCAUGUACUUUGCAGGUCAGUCGUUUCACAAACACGACUUUUAAUCUUCCUGUCGAUGCGGCAAGAGCUAAGCUUUCCAGUAAAAUAUGCAAGAUUGGAGGACGUACAUAUCUAAACGGUGGUAAAUUGUGUCGUGAAGAUACCAAGUUGAAUGAUGUCUCAUUCUUGAACAUGGUGAAGUGCACCUUGGGUUUGAUUCUACCCCGAAUGGAAUUACAUGUGUUGAGUUUAUAUUGGCAUACAGGUGGUCGUCGUGCAUUUGUUAUCCGGAUGAUAAUGAACCGUGUGGAAGCGUUUCGCCGAAUGUUAUGGAAGCAAGGGGUGAUAGGUAAGUAUGUAUCUUUAUCCUCAGUGUUUUACGUUGAAUGGUCAGCGUCUAUAACACGAGGCUCUCAAUUCUUCGUCGAGGCCAUCAUGUUAUCGGCCUGUCGUAAUCUGGGCUGUAUCCUUUCAUCCCUUUCGAAGCAACAGGUACGUGAUCAAGAUGCUCUCGAAGCUAUACCUAUGGUCCUCGAGCCUAAAAGUAAAUGCUAUACAUGUCCCGUAAUCGUAGUCGACUACCAAUCCCUAUAUCCCUCUCUGAUGAUCGCUUACAAUAUAUGCUACAGCACGUGCAUAGGCAAGGCCCAUCGUGUCUAUCAAGCUAUCAACCAAUACCUCCAAAAUCCAAACACCGAUUUUGGCAACAUCAGAAUCGGAGGAGUGGAUGUGGCACUUAACAUGAAAGAAAUUGUACACGCCCUUGCACAAGACCCAAAAAGUUUCCAUGUCCUACCUAACGGUGUAAUGUUUUGCAACAAAUCGAUUCGCGAAGGAGUGUUGCCCGUCAUUAUGAGGUCGGUAUUGGCUAGUCGCAUUUUCGUGAAGCGAGCUAUGUCUAGAGGCAAGAAACGUUUAAGUAGCGAGGUUCUUUCUUUAAUGAACUUUAGUCAACAGUCCUUAAAGUUUGUCUCCGUUACGACCUACGGUUAUAUUGGGGCAUCGGUGACGGGUCGUAUGCCAUGUGGUGACAUUGCGGACGGCAUUGUCAGCUCUGGGCGCCACUUGCUGGACUGUACCAUGCAUUGGAUUGAAGCACAGGAUUUUGGCAGACCUAUAGAAGUAGUGUAUGGAGACACUGAUAGUUGUUUCAUUCAUGUGCCAGGGUCGUCAAUGCCUGAGGCGUUUAACAUUGGUCAGCAAGUUUGUGCGAUGAUCGUCAGAAAGACUCUCCAUCCACUCACUCUGAAACUAGAGAAAGUUUACGAAUCCUGUGUUCUGCAAACCAAAAAGAGAUAUGUGGGACAUGCCUAUGAGACAUUGGACGAUUGGCUUUCUGAGCGCAUCGUCCUCCCACGGUUGCCCUCAGCUUCGCCGUCUGAGAUCAUGGAAAAGCGCUUAUACAAGUUGCUGACCCUUGGUCCGAUCCGCUACGGCUUGAAAGGCUUCUUCGAUAGCAAAGGUGUGGAAGCAAGUAGGAGAGACCAAUCUGAUCUAAUUCAAAUAGCCGUGUCCCGGAUUUUGAAGUCCAUGUUUUAUUGGAGAGACUUAGCGCAAGUCCAAAGAGAAUUCAAAAAAAUCGUCUUGGAGAUAGGGAAAGCGACAACCAAAAAUGUUAUAACUCAACUGGAUGACAUCAAACCAUUUAGCGGCCGAAUAGUUGACUCGGAAGCGGCGUUUGGCUACCCUAAGGACUGGCUUCAAUAUGGUCGCGCGAGUCAUGGAAAAACAUUGUCUUUUAAGGGACGCGAGACUCGUCACAUUUGGCCGCGAGAUUUUAUCGCUAUAAAGCGACUAAAAUUAGGUCACUAUAGUUACCACGGUACCAACAAAGCUCAUACGCUGCCACCGCAGGCGGUGGUGGCUCUGUGGUGUCAAAACAUCUUGAGGUCUGGUUUGCCGAUGCUGAAAAAAUUGAACACGAAAUACGAACCGUUUGCGAAAGGUCGAAAUCACUUUAACUUCCGAGGAAACGCGGAGAGGACGACCGGUCCGAGAGAGGACGGGGUCAAUAGUGAAGGCGACCAGGACGACGAAGGGACCGAUGAGCAAGAGGAACCACCGGAAGAACAAGGUUUUAUGUACCAUACGGGCGAGGGGUUUGGUUACGUAAUUGCUGCAGGGAGUGGCACACUCAACUCGCUCGCUGCUCUCCCUUCUCGGUGUGUCUCGACUCCGUUCUUUCCGUUGGGUCGAGAACAUGUCUGGAGCGCAGUUACUCAUCGAUGGUAUCUCUCUUUAAACAACCUGCAACUCAACGAAGAGUACUACCGACGGGUGGUCACGGCCACCGUCAGCCGCAUGCUCGAUCUGCUGGAUCCGCUGCCCCCUAGUGCAGCUUUCCAAUGGCUCAAGUCGAUGCAUCACGUGAACCGUGCAGAAGGACUCUCGGCCGAGCCACUCGGCCUCUGCACCUUCGCCGCACUCGACCCCUUCAGCCUGCCGAGCACACAACUCUUGUUCUGGGGCUUAAGGGGCCACGAACGACGAACCUUGGGCCGAGACCAACGAACUUUGGGCCACGAGCAGGGAGAGCAAAUCGUAGUCGAGGUAGAUAGACCCGCCACCAUUGACGAGGCCACCGACCGGAACACUACUACCACCGACUCGACCAGGACCAAUGCUCCGGAGCGCCGCCACGACGGACCCCACCUACGCACAAGGAGACGACCAGCGCCUUACAACGCCGUCUUGAAGGGAGUCACCCUUGGCGUUUACGUUACUGCGAAAAAGACGACCCAGACGCCCCCUGUGCCGCAGCCUCCGCCGCUGACUCUUGGCGGACAGGUCGACGACUGGAAACGAUGCCAACGCCCCACGGCCGUCUCUAUCCACCCUCAAACCCGAAGCCUCGUGAUGACAGACGGGGCGGACCUUCGAGACCUGGACGAACCAGAACCCGACCCCGCUGAGGCCGACCAGCCGACAUCGACCAAGCCGACAUCGACCAAGCCGACCUCGGCCAGCCUCAAGGAACAUGUUUUCCUACAUGAUGCCCAAAGCAAGCUCGUCAUGUGCAGGAGACUCUGUCUCAUGUGCACCGGCGGAUGUCUUGAAGACGUGGAGAAUUGCGUCGACGCGUACCAUUGCCCAGUCUACAGCAUGAGGACAAAUCUUUCCCGAAUUAUGCGAUAA